UAUUGACUGUCGAUCUGACCAGCGAUUUUAAAAAUGUUUCCUGAGAGCAGCACUGGGUACAGCUUUGAGGACUGCCAGGCCACGGCGGACUGGCUCCUGUCCCAGACGGCAGUGUGUCCUCUGGUGGGCAUCGUGUGUGGCUCCGGGAUGGGCGGACUGGCUGAUGCGUUGAAAGACCCGGUGGCCUUCAACUACAAAGACAUCCCCAACUUCCCCCAAAGCACAGUGCACGGUCACGCGGGUCGACUGGUGUUCGGCACUCUGAAGGGAAUACCAUGUGUCUGCAUGCAGGGAAGGUUUCAUCUCUAUGAGGGAUAUGCCAUCCAAAAGAUUACGAUGCCUAUGCGGAUCUUCAAAAUCCUGGGAGUGAAGACCGUGAUUCUGACCAACGCUGCCGGCGGUCUGAACCAGGAAUAUAAAGUAGGAGACAUCAUGAUCAUCAAAGAUCAUCUCAACAUGCCUGGAUUUGCUGGAAACAACCCACUGGCGGGACCCAACGACGAGAGGUUUGGCUUACGUUUCCCCUGCAUGUCUGACGCAUAUGAUCGAGAACUCCAGCAGCUGGCGCUGGACGUGGGUUCAGAGCUCGGUUUCGGGGAUUUCCUGCGAGAGGGCGUUUACUGCGUUCUAGGAGGACCUUCGUUUGAGACGAUCGCGGAGUGUCGCAUGUUGAACAAGCUGGGAGCCGAUGCUGUCGGCAUGAGCACUGUUCACGAGGUGAUCGUGGCCCGGCACUGUGGCAUGCGCGUCUUCGCUCUGUCUCUGAUAACUAAUAAAGCGGUUAUGGACUACGACAGCGAGGAAAAGGCCAAUCACGAGGAAGUUCUGCAGACGGGCAAAAUGCGAGCGGAGAAGCUGGAGAGACUCGUGUCCACCUUAGUCACCCGUCUAGAACACAACAACAAUUACGCCUGAGACUGUUCUCGGAUCAGACCCAACGUCAGUCACAGACCAAAGAACGCCGAUUCAUCUGUGAACAAACACACCG